AUGGUUUCACCUUUGGCAUCGAGCGAAGCACGGGGCGCUGAGAGAGCUAUCCGCUAUAGCCGCUUUUUCCGACUCCCGAUUGAGCUCCGGGAGAUGAUAUACAUCCACCUCUUCGAAAGAGGGAGGGUUCAUGUGUGGUAUUUUGGCAGCGAACAGUCAAAGGCAUACAGGCAGGGCUGGUGGCAUACAAUUUGUCAUCGCCCGACUUAUUAUGGGAAUGAUCGGUGCAGGACCCACCCUACAGCGGCGGAUAGGAGCUGUCUCACGCCGGAACAAUCGCAGACGGCGCGUUUGCGGGUUUUUGGGUGGCUCUUGUGCUGUCGAAGAGCAUACUCUGAAUCCAUCCAGUUCCUCUACUCCAGCAACACCUUCUCCGUCGAACCGAAUUACUUCCCUUCUUUCUCUGACAUGGAACGCCUUUUCCCUCCCAAUUGCCUUUCAUCCGUCAAAUCCCUCGAACUUCUCUACCCAGUAGCCACUUAUCGCGACAUUCCUAUCCUCGACAGGUUCACAUCGACAAUCGCGCUUAUUCCGUCGAUCUUUCCCCACUUACGAACAUUUCACAUUGCCAUCAGCUCUUGGUGGAUGCUCUGCGCCCUUGAACAUUGGGAACAUUUCACCGCUAAUCACACAGCAUUGGUGAGAUCGGAGUUGCUGGGCACGUUGGAUGGGCUCGUGAGGCGGUUCGACGGUCGUUUGAAGGAAUGUGAGGUCACCGUCGACCCGAACUACUACGAGAUUGUGAAAUUAUUGGAGGAUGAGAAUGGAAGUGGGCGCCCGGUUGAAAUUCCGGUCAUGAAUUGGACGAAAGAACUUUUGGGUAGAAAGUAUUGGAGGCCAAUCGAAGGGGAAAGCGAUGUUCGAAACACAAGGUUGGGAUACUGGAUCAUAAUGGCAUGUUGAUCAAUUUUUCGAGAUGAUGCUGCUGUCGAAGGUCCCCAGUUUAAACUGGAGCCAGCUAGCGCUUAGAGAGCUCUUCGAGCAGCGUGUGACUACAUCCAGGACGAUCCCUAUAUCAGUCCUGGAUCUUUUCUCCUGAUUUGACUCUUGGCGUUCGGCCCAGUGCCCGCGGAAUUUCGAAAACGAUGUGCUGCUGCCUCCAGUCGCCAUUCACCCCACAAUUAGCCCGCGCCGACAUCCACCAUCGGUUAUGGCAUGGAUGUUCCUCCACAAACUCUCCACUCUCCGCUAUAUUGAGCUCGUCCUUUUAUUCCGUAGAGCGGUAUCGGUUUCGAGAACCCCCGACCGGUGAUUUGACGCCGGAUGGAAUCACCACCAUUGAGCCUUCAGACUUGAGGGGACUACCAGUCUUCGGCCUAAGCUGGUUUGUCGCGCUUUGGGAUUCAAAAUCAUCACCGUAAUCGUUUCAUACCCCGUGACCAUGCAUCUAGCGUUAUUUUGCGAACGUCGGUGGUGGUGAACUCAAUUCGGGGGUUAGAUGCGCACGACGUUGGGACAAUGGUUGUCGUUCGGUGAAGUUUCCCCGGCAUUGCAGUCCACCAAGAUUAGUGAACCAUGCUGCUUCGGCGUUGACGAACGUCCCGUCCGCUAGAAGUGUUCCUGGCACUUUGAAUAAUUUGACUUGGACCUGACUGGACAAUCACGGGUCAAUUUAUCAUUGGCCGUGUUCAGAGUACUUGACGGACACAGUGACCAAGCCAAUAUGAUGAUUGAUCUAAAAAGGAGUUUUGAAACGAAGUCAUAUUAUGUAUAUUUUUGAGCUG